ACGCGGGGGUGUUUCGAAAACGUUUUGGACGACGUUAGACUGUUCGUGUCUGCUAUAGACGUCUGGCUUAUGGCAAGUGAGAGUGAACUAGUUCCACGACGUCUUAACGAGGACAGAAGCGAAGAGUUUUCUGAUUCUGGGAUACAAGAAAAUCUUAUAUCUGGUAGUGUGGAUGGCAACCAGCAAGAGCAAGAUGUGCGCAUAGUUUACGGCAGGAGAGAUGAGACGGAUUCGAAUCAGCAUGAGUCAAGAAUUGGUGUAGAUCCCGUUAUUGCUCAAGCCUCAGACGGCAAACCACCAGAAAUUGUAGAGUCUCCAGAUGACUUACGUUCUCCGCGCAAUCAUUGUGAUUUUGAUGACAUCGGAAUCUAUUCCAAUGAGUUUCAAUCAACAUCUAGUAACUUAGGCACAGUUGCCACUGGCAGUCAUCAAGUAGGUGUUGCAGAGAUGGAAUCUAAGAUGCGGUGCCUCAACGUCACAGAGAGUAGUCAACAGCAAGCUAUUUUAGGUUCGCGAAGCUGGAAGUAUGACGUGUUUUUGUGUCAUGCUGGCGAAAACAAACCAUUCGUUCAUCUCCUCUACAAGGAGUUGCUAGAUAAAUACGGCAUAAUCUCAUUCUUUGAUGAAGAAUCGUUGGAACCAGGCGGCGUAGCACAGGAAGACAUUGCAAAUGCAAUGUAUCAAUCUCGUUUUUUUGUAACGAUACUCAGCCAUGAGUUCAAAGGAAAACAUUUUCCUGAAGAAGAGGUUGACGUUGCGUUAGAGUUUUGCGUAAAGAACCAUAGGAUUAUUCCAGUCUUCUACAAGAUUACACCUGACCAAUGCAACGCAAACAAAAGCGAUUGCGUUGUCAAGUUAAGCAAGAUAACUGGUUUCAAGGUGGAGGAAAAGGAAAAGGUAUCAGAUGAAAAGCUUGCUACGGACUUUGCCAUAAAAAUUGGAUCACUUGUUAAGAAGGAAGAAAAUCAUGGUACAUUACAAGGUCCUCCUGAAGCUGUGCAAUUCAGUGACCGGUACUCAGACAUGAACAGUUUCCAGCCUAUGAAAGAACUAAAAAAGAAACUCCAACAACAAUCGCCGAAGUGAUACUUGCAGUAUGGUAAGUAUCACUUCAUGACGGUCACUUGUUUAGAACAGUAGAGUUGUUUCUGAUAUCUGUGUUAUUUGAACAGACUUUAUAGUCGAUCAUCACUGUGCAAUGUGUUUACAUGUUAUAGAGCAGUGCUGUGUAUAGUUUUUCUGGAGUAUAGUCCAGCAAAUGGGUUGAUAUUAAAUAUAGAAACUUGAAUCUGUGUUUCUGAACAAAUUAGCC